GUCUCUAUACUUUGAUGAUAUAAGCUUCAAACAAGCACAUGUGCACGUGUCAUAAAAGCCGACCAUUACACAAGCAGCCGCUUUAAAAGAAAGAAAACCGCUCCCAGACAGCAUUGUUUGUGUUCACUGCAUUUACUCAGGCACACACACUGUAAGAUAAGCUGACUCAUCAAUAAUGGCAAAACACAGCAUUACUCUCGCCACUGCCAUAGUGCUGGCACUGGUUGUCUUCAUCAUCACGAUGGUGUUCAGUGCUUUGGCAGCGGCAGGAAAACAGCCAUUUUUGGUGAGCACUGGGAAUAUUUCAGAUGAGUUUGUGACAGAGAUCACACCCUCAGGAUGGACCUUCUCCAUCUGGGGAAUCAUCUACACCUUUCUGGCCUUAGUGUUGGUGUACAUCCUCUCAGGCUUCUUUAGGAAGAAUGAGUAUGGUUACGUCUACUGCAGCCCUGCUGUUCUGUCACAUGGAUUUUUUGUUCUCUGGUGCCUUAAUCUGAUCCUCAACAUCGGAUGGCUUCUUCUUUGGGACAGAAAGUUCAUAGCUGCUUCACUGAUUUUCCUCAUCUUAGUUGCCUCGACUAACUACGGUGUGAUAUUCUUCUCCUGCUAUGGUCUCCAUAAAUAUGGAGCCUGGCUCAACAAGUACCACAAAGUGGACCUGUGGCUUCACCGUGUGUUGAUUCAGAACGGUGUUGCCAUAUACGCAACAUGGACAACCAUUGCCACCCUAGUUAACUUGGCUAUUGUGGUUAGUUAUGAUGGAAACAUGUCCCCUCCAGAUGCUGCCACUCUCUCACUGUCUAUUCUGACUGUAGUGCUGAUUGCUUGGUUCGUCGUGGAAAACCUCCUGCUCGACAAAUACGUGAGGUUCAUUCUCUCCAUUUACCCUGCUGUGAUUUGGGCGCUGACUGGGGUGUAUACAAAAAACUACAACGCUGCAGCUCCAACUCGCAACAACAUCUUCAUCGCUGCACUGCUGGCUAUAGCCUGUGUCUUGUUUGCUGCACGGAUACUCCUGGUCGUCUGGAGGCAAAUGAAAAGGCCGUUUUACAGAGAUGUAAACCCAGAUGCAAUGUCUCCAAUGGAGAUCGCUGAGAACCUGAAAAUAAUAUACAAAUGAGCAUAGCGAUCAUAUAUAUUUCUAAUAAACCUUUUGAGUAACAAGAUGACAUGCUUUCUGUAUGACAUGCACCUCUAAAUGCUUUGUAUGUUUUAAGUUAAUACACUUUACCAGUUACCACACUGUAUAAUCAUGUGUUCACUGAUAGAUCUGAGUUGAUAAAAAUUUGCUUAAUGUACAUUUCAUGUGUCAGUUUAUCUACUGUCAUUUGUAUAUUUUUGUUUAUACAAUUUGACUUUUGUGUUUGGUUUAUAUGUAAAAUGUAAAACUGUUAAAAAUAAAGAUUGGUGUUACUUA